AUGCGCAUCCCGGGCCUUGCCGUCGAUACAGCAAGUGCAGUCACCGGUCCAUCUAUCCCCGGCCCGUUGCCAAAGCAUCAUCCGUACCCGAACCCGGGAUACCUUGGGUCGUCCAGCCAUGCCACACUGUUUGACCAUCUCGAUCUAGGAAGUGCUGUUGGUGAGGGAGAGGCGAUGGCUGGGGAUCUCGGCAUUGCGGAUGAAUUCGACCAUGUGUCCUCCAAUGCCAGGGUAAAGGAGGCGCACAUCUCACACGGGGCCGAGCUGAUCCGCCAGCUCCUCUCAUUCGCCCAGGUCCCAGAGUGCAUAGAACUCGUCAGAGCCUGGCUCGGCACAGGGGCCAACCUGGUCCUCGGGAGCGUCUUCACCGAGACCUGCCUCCAGGCAGCUCAGUCUAUCCUCGCAGCGGGAAGUCGGGGGGGAGAGGAAGGGGGCUCGCCUUCGGCAGAGGACGCCAGGCGCAUCUCUCACAGCCUCUUCAUCAACUCGUGCAAGCCGCUCACCGCCGCCCCGGACACCACGCUGGAUGAGUUCACCGACCAGUUUGGCAUGGGCAAGGCCCGGUGGGAGAGCAUCGGCCUCUUCCUCAUCGCCGUCUCGAGGGCUACUUUCCGGCCCCGGUGCCCCCAGCCGCACUUUGACUCGGAGCCCAAGAGGCGGUACAUGAGGCGGCUGACGAUGCAUUAUGCUGACCGGUGCCUGGACAUUUGUCUGUUCCUAGAUCGGUUGAAUGAUGUUCAGCUCAUACUACAGUACGAGACGUUUAUCCUCCACACGCUCGUUGACGGAGAUCAGAGCUAUGAAUCCUGGAGGAGGUUAGGUGAUCUUUCCAGCUCCCUAUUUGCCUUGGGAUACCAUCAGGAGAUCGAGGGAUCGGGCCCCAUACCCGAGUUCCUCAAAUCUAUCCGCCAAACGGCAUUCGCCUGCUCCUACGCCGCCGACAAGAAUGUCUCCAUCUUCCUCGGAAGACCACCGCGGAUAUACAAGAGAUUCUGUCGGCUCCAACAGCCCAGCCUCGCGGCAUUCUUCUCACCCGAGUGGGCGCCAGACACCGCCAUCGACUUAGUUGCUGAUACACGAUGGGCUACACUGUGCGCAAUGCUCAAGGAGGAUAUCGUGGCGGAGCUGUUUGGUGAGAGUCGGUAUGAAACCAGGGUCGAUAAGGCACGCCCUAUCCAGGCCCAGGCGGAAACGCAAUGGGCUGCAUUGCCUGACAGCUUCCGACUCGAGAAACCCAUGAAGCUGUAUGACCGAAAACCAUUCGAGCUGGACAUUAUGCUCGGUAUCAAAUUGAACCAGCUGCACGUUCUGUUCCUGGUCCGUCUUGCCGUCGUUCGCCGGUUUUCCGAACCACACCCGGAGCUGUCCGCCAUUGCGCAGGAGAUGUUGGCCCUGGUCGUCGAGGCAAUCGUACUAAAGGAACACAUCGUACACUCUGGCACAUCGCUAGUCUGGAAGCUAGUAUACUACGGCCUGUCGGCCGCCGGGGUUGUCUGUCUGUCCAUGCUACACCAGGUAUCCGCCCCGGAUGGCGAUAUGAGCCCUUCAGCCAAGGUGCUGCGGGACCUCAGCGUCAUCGUCGCCGAGGUGGAGUACGGCACCAUAGUCUACAAGGAGGACGCCAACUACGCGCUCCUGGCAGGGGCUACGAAGACGAUCAAGAACCUGCUCGAUAGCAUGACCAACGCAAGCCUCCACCGGGGAAGAAGAGCAGUUGACCAUUAUGGAGAGGAUGCUACGUUGCCGUGCGAUCCAGAUGCGCAGCUUGCCGUGGAUGCCAACGUGCCUUGGGAGUCUUGGGUACCAAACAACCUCCAAGACUUUGAGGUGCAUUUCUGGAACACGCUGGCCGAGCAUCCCUUCCUGACCAGCAACCAGCCACAAGACCUCUGUGCAUAG